AUGACUAUACGAGCGAAUAGUACACCGCACACUAGGCGGGUUGUAACUCUUACUCCAGGAUUUUUGCCCCUCUGGUCAAUCAAUGAUGGGGAAAGCUCCGUAUCGGGGAUCGGGAAUUGCCACAAUUCUCGGCCCACUAGAUUGGAGAAUACCAUCAAGUUCGGGAGGCUUGCAAUCAGUGUUGGGGGUAUGCCAGUCCCGUGUUUCGAGAGAUCGAAUGCCAUUCCAGGCCAACAACAAACAGUGACGGAACAACUCAGAUGGGAUCCUGCGUUGAUAUCAGUAGCCAUCAAGUUGACGUUGAGGUAUAUUAAGGAGGGCUUUGUCUUGAAGAUUCUAGGGCAGCUCCUGGACCCGCGGGCCACGGACCAUUCUGACACUGCUCAAUCCUUGAACUCGGCGUAUUUCGUAUAA